GAGCCGCUCGAUGAUGCCCUUUGGCUUGAUGCGGCGGGAGCUGGCGUGCGAAGGCUACCCCAUCGAGCUGCGCUGCCCCGGCAGCGACGUCAUCAUGAUCGAGACGGCCAACUACGGACGCACCGACGACAAGAUCUGCGACGCCGACCCUUUCCAGAUGGAGAACGUGCAGUGUUACCUUCCUGACGCCGUCAAGAUCAUGUCUCAGAGGUGUAACAACCGCACCCAGUGUGUGGUGGUGGCAGGCUCCGACGUCUUCCCAGACCCAUGCCCUGGGACUUACAAGUACUUGGAGAUCCAGUAUGAGUGUGUUCCUUACAUCUUUGUGUGUCCGGGGACGCUGCUCCGAGUGCAGGCGCCCAGCUCUUUGCAGGAGGCGGAGCACCAGGCGGGGGCGUGGUGCAAGGACCCGCUUCAGUCCGGGGACCGCUUCUACGUCAUGCCCUGGACCCCCUACCGCACCGACAUGCUGUUUGAGUACGCCUCCUGGGAGGACUUCAAACAGAGCCGAGUCACCACCACCUACAAGUUGCCAAACCGAGUGGACGGCACGGGCUUCGUGGUGUACGACGGCGCCGUGUUCUACAACAAGGAGCGCACGCGCAACAUCGUCAAGUACGACCUGCGCACGCGCAUCAAGAGCGGCGAGGCCAUCGUCUCCAACGCCAACUACCACGACACCUCGCCGUAUCGCUGGGGCGGCAAGUCCGACAUCGACCUGGCGGUGGACGAGAACGGCCUGUGGGUGAUCUACGCCACCGAGUCCAACAACGGGCGGCUGGUGGUCAGCCAGGUAAAUCCGUACACGCUGCGCUUCGAGGGCACCUGGGAGACGAGCUUCGACAAGCGGCUGGCGUCCAACGCCUUCAUGGCGUGCGGCGUGCUCUACGCCGUGCGCUCGGUCUACCAGGACGACGACAGCGAGGCGGGCGGAGACCUGCUGAUGUACGCCUACAACACCAACCACGGCCGCGAGGAGGCCGUCAACAUCGCCUUCCCCAACCCGUACCAGUACAUCUCCUCGGUGGACUACAACCCCCGGGACAACCAGCUCUACGUGUGGAACAACUACAACGUGCUGCGCUACCCGCUGGAGUUCGGACCGCCGGACCUCACCACGGGUCCUCUGACCACCACACAAGUGACCACCACUCUCCCGGCUCGGUCCUUCACCUCCAGCACCAGCCCCUCCACAACUCGCCCCGUGGCCCCCACGCUCCGCCCGGUCAGCUCUGUCAACAACAACAACCACCACCACCAGCACCCCAGCCCCGACCUUCGAGCCAUCACGGCCACCGUGCCCAUCACCCGCUGGACCCCCCAGUCCUCGCAGGGCCCCCACGCCUGCGAAACCAAGCUGGUGCGCGGCGUCCAGUGGCCCACCACCCUGAGAGGGGAGACGGUGGACCGGCCGUGUCCCAAAGGAUCUCUCGGCAUCGCUUCCUUCCAGUGUUUGGCCGAGAAGGUGGCGUGGAACCCGCGUGGUCCUGACCUCAGCAACUGCACUUCCCCGUGGGUCAACCAGGUGGCCCAGAAGAUAAAGAGCGGAGAAAAGGCUGUCACCAUCGCCAUGGCGCUGGCCAAUUACACGCGAGGGCGGGUCCAGGCGGGGGACAUCAUCUCGUCGGUGCGACUGAUGGAGCAGCUGCCUGACAUCCUGGACGCCCAGCUGCAGUCCCUCAGGCCCAGCAACAAGGACUCGUUGGCACGCACCUACAACAAGUUGCAGAAGCGAGAGCGCUACUGUCGGGCCUACAUCCAGGCCGAGGCGCUGGACUCCUGGCAGGACAUGAACAGCACGGAGCAGGCGCACACCGCCACCAUGCUGGUGGACAUCCUGGAGAAAGGCGCCUUCCUGCUGGCCAACAACAUGCAAGGCGGCCGCUUCUCCGACCGAGCGCCCAACAUCGACCUGGAGGUGCACGUCCUGAACACGGAGAUGGACCUGCAGAGUUUGUCCUUCCCGCUCAGCGACAGCACCAUCCAUCUGUCGGCGUCCACCAUCAAGCAGUACAGUCGUAACGGGCAAGUCAAGGUGGUCUUCAUCCUGUACAAGCACCUGGGCGCCUUCCUGUCCACCGAGGACGCCACCGUCAAGAUGGACGCCCACUCUGGCCACGCUCGGCGGCGCCUGGCCGUCAACUCUCACGUCAUCUCCGCCUCCAUCAACAAAGAGUCCAGCCGGGUGUUCCUCACCGAGCCCGUGGUCUUCACGCUCAGACAUCUCCAGUUGGAGAACUACUUCAGCCCAAACUGCUCCUUCUGGAACUACUCGGAGCGCACAAUGACCGGCCAGUGGUCCACGCAGGGCUGCAGGCUGCUGGACACCAACAACACCCACACCACCUGCUCCUGCAGCCACCUCACCAACUUUGCCCUGCUCAUGACUCACCAUGACAGCGACCCUGCUGACAGCCAAGGACGGACCUCAAGUACCUCCACCAGGCUAGAGCAACACCAUGCGGAGUCACGAGGCUCAGCCCAUCACUGAUUGAGUCUACUGGGGCUGUUUGCAUAAUAUGUGAGUUACAAGCAGCCUGUAACGAGGGAACUCCUGAAUAAAAUGGGGGGCGCGGGGGCUGUUCCUUAGAGCGUGGUGGGAGACUGUAACUGAGUGUGCAGCAGCUCCAUGCGUUCUCCUCAUGAGCAAAAUUUAAAUCUGUCUCUGCUUGAUU